UGUAUGCGCAAGUGUUGCGCUGAAGACCAGCACGAAGGCAAACAAACCACUUCCUCGAAGUUGAUGCUCAUAUGACUACAGCAUAGCAAUGCGAGUGAUGUCUACUUUAACUCUAACACUCUUUUGUGCAGUAAUAUGUUGUUCCUUGACAGAAAAACCACCAAAUGUUUCAUCUCCAAACAUUAUCAUCAUGCUCAUGGAUGACAUGGGUUGGGGGGACUUGGGGGUGUUUGGCCAGCCUUCUAGAGAGACCCCCAACCUGGAUGCCAUGGCUGCUCAGGGUAUGCUGCUUCCAAAUUUCUACACUGCCAACCCGCUCUGCUCCCCAUCCAGAGCUGCACUUCUCACCGGGAGGCUGCCUGUCAGGAACGGUUUCUACACCACUAAUGCCCACGCCAGAAACGCAUACACACCACAGGAGAUAGUGGGAGGAAUCUCUAAGGAUGAGAUUUUGUUACCCCAGAUUCUGAAGAAAAAGGGCUACAUCAGCAAGAUAGUUGGCAAGUGGCAUCUGGGCCACAGACCACAGUACUUGCCUCUGGAGAAUGGUUUUGAUGAAUGGUUUGGUGCACCAAACUGCCAUUUUGGCCCCUACAAUAGCAGCAUCAAACCCAACAUCCCUGUCUACAACAACUCUGAGAUGGUUGGCAGAUUCUAUGAGGAGUUUAAGAUUGACAGGAAGACUGGAGAGUCUAACCUCACACAGAUCUACUUGCUGGAAGGUCUUGACUUCAUACUCCGUCAGACUGAGGCCCAGCGGCCCUUCUUCCUCUACUGGGCAGCCGAUGCCACUCACGCCCCUGUCUAUGCCUCUAAACGCUUCCUAGGGAAGAGCCAGCGAGGCCGGUAUGGUGAUGCAGUGAUGGAGCUAGACUACAGCGUCGGUCAGAUCUUGUCAUGGCUGCAGACUCUGGGCAUAGAAAAUAAUACCUUUGUCUUCUUCACCUCAGACAACGGAGCUGCUCUAAUGUCUGGCCCAAACGAAAGUGGCAGCAACGGCCCAUUCCUCUGCGGGAAGGAGACCACCUUUGAAGGGGGCAUGAGGGAGCCUGCCAUUGCCUGGUGGCCUGGACACAUCAAAGCGGGCGUGGUGAGUUUCCAGUUGGCCAAUGUGAUGGACCUGUUCACCACCAGUCUGGCUCUGGCCGGCAUCAGCCCUCCUGAUGACAGAACUCUUGAUGGACUGGACCUGACACCAAUCCUGCUAAACCGCUCACACACACUCCAAAACAGGUCAAUCUUCUAUUACCGUGGGAAUGAGCUGAUGGCUGUGAGGUUUGGACAAUACAAGGCACACUACUGGACCUGGAGCAACUCAUGGGAGGAGUUUAAAAACGGUAUCAACUUUUGUCCAGGUCAAGAGGUCCCAGGUGUGACUACUCACGACCAGAAAGAGCACACAAUGCAGCCAAUCAUUUUCCACCUGGGACGGGAUCCUGGGGAAAAGUCCCCUAUCAGUGUUUUGAAUAAGGAGUACCAGGAUGUGCUGAGCAGGAUCUCUCCGGUUGUGGAGCAGCAUAAGAAGACUCUGGUGCCUGGUAUUCCCCAACUCAACAUGUGUGAUGUGGCUGUGAUGAAUUGGGCCCCAGCAGGCUGUGAGAAGUUAGGAAAGUGUCUCAAAGUGCCCAAGUCUGAGCCCUGGAAGUGCGACUGGCCACAUUGAGAGUAAAACUACUGAACCAGACACAAGGAUGAGGAAGCAAAACCUGAAGAUGUGCCUUUCUACAGAAAAACAAACAACCUCAUCAUUUAAAAGGAUAUGUUUUUGAAUUCUUUGUAAAAUGGCUUAUGUACAAUGUACAAAGAGCAGGACAUGAUGUAAAACCAAGGGAGUUAUGUUAGUAUAACAACAUUACAUUAUUUAUGCAUAUAGCUUUUACAGCUCUGAUUUUAACUUCUACCUGUUCUGGAAAAACAUCAAGGGUCAGUGGGCUCAUUUUAGUUAUGUAUAGAGCAGAUAGGGAAAUGUAUUUAUUCUGAUCAUGCCUAAAGUAAUUAAGUUUACCAUGUUGGCUUAUUGGAUUAAUUCUGUAUCUUUUGUAUGCAUACUGCAAAAUGUGGUUUUAAUAAAAAGGUGAUUUUUAUUACAUUGUAUCAUGA